AUGGCACCACGAACAGUACUCGUGACCGGAGCCAACGGCUUCCUGGGAAGCGCGGCCGCGCGAAUCUUCGCAAUAUCAGGCUGGCAGACCUACGGCCUGAUCCGCGACGCCAGACACGCGCCAGGGCUGCUGCGAGAUGAAAUCAUCCCGGUGAUCGGAUCCGCAGCGGACACAUCGUUCGUUGCGACUCUCCCAGCCAUCGACGUCGUGGCAUCCACGACUGAAGACAUCAGCAACUACGUCGGCCACUUCGAGGACUCGAUCAAGCUGUUCAAAGCCAUCGCGGCACGUUACCGCACCGUCAAGGAAAAGAACGAGAGCAGCGCGCGCGCCCGGCCCCUCGUCAUCUUCACCAGCGGCUGCAAGGACUACGGUACGACGGCGUACGACGGCCACGCAGACCUGCAGCCGCACACGGAGGAGUCGCCGCUCAACGGGCCGCCGCAGCUGGCACUGCGCACGAAACACUCGCAGAGGAUCUUCGACCACAGCGCCGACUUCGACGCCGUGCUGACGCGCCCGACCACCUUCUACGGCCGCACCGGCACCUACUACGCGCCGAUCUUCACGCUGGCGCAGCAGGCCGUCGACGCGGGGCUCGCGGAGCUCACGCUGCCGUCGGAUCCACGCAGUGUCAUGCACGGCACGCACGGCGACGACGUCGCGGCCGCGUACGUGGCGAUCGCGACGAGCGAGAGGGCCGUGGUCACGGGCCAGGUCUUCAAUAUUUCGAGCCACAGGUACGAGACCGCGGCGGAGGUAGGGCGGGAGAUCGAGAAGUCGUAUGGCUUGAAGGUCAAAUGGGCUGGGUUUCCGUCGUUGGAUGCUCCCGGCGUGGAUUUUGUGGAUUGGUUGUUUGGCUUCUCUCAGUGGGUGGGCAGUGAGAAGAUACGGAGACUGACCGGCUGGACGGAUCGGAAGCCCCUGUUCUCGGAGAUGUUUGAUACUUAUCGUGCGAGCUUUGAGGAAUAUUUGAGGGUCCAGGAUGAUCAGGUCACAAAAUUGCAGGCUCGUGUGGCUGGUGGUAAGUAUAUUUCGAAUAAAAAUUGA